UGUGUGUGUUUAUUAAAUAGUCAACAAAUGGAGUUGGACACAAGUUUACCUGGGGAGGCAGUGGCCACAGUUGGUAAUAAGGAUGCAAAAGUGCUGAAACCUUCGCUGAACACGGCCAUCAAGUGCUUAAAAUGCGAGAAAGUGUAUAUAUUCCCCGUGGACAGGGAUGAUUGCCUGGCGCAUUUGUAUCUGGAGCAUCGAUUGGUCAUUGCAGAUGUGGAUGAAAUUGCGCUGCUUGAGGAUUAUCUACAAUACUGGGAGAAGGAGUUCCAAGCUCACGAAUUCGAGCAAUACUGUACGACAAUGUUUCUGGAUCAACUGCCAGACGGAACCUACGCCAAGAACGAGAAAUACUAUCUACUCUGUGAUAUAUUGCCCCAGGACUUUGAGCUGCGUAAACAGCUGCAGGAGCAGCGCCUAAGUGCCGCCCUAGAACGCCAUCAGUUUGAGCUGACGGAUCGCAGCUUUAGCAAGGAGUGUCUCUUCUGUCGCACCACCAUCAGAGGUCUACGGGCGGACUAUUUGGAUCAUCUGUUCGACAAGCACUUCCUGCUGGUGGGCAAGCCAGAGAAGCUAGUCUAUGUCGAUGAGUUGCUCGAUCAGUUGGAGGAGAAUCUAAACAAGUUGCUGUGCCUUUACUGCGAAAAGAUAUUCAAGGAUCGACCUACGCUGAAGGAGCACAUGCGCAAAAAAGGUCACAAGCGCAUCAAUCCCAAUCGUCGGGAAUACGACAAGUUCUUUUUGGUCAACUACAAUCGUUCCACCACCUCUCAAAGGAAGCCCCAACGACAACAACGUAAAUCUGUCGCUGAGGACAAUACCAGCGUGGACUUUGAUAAGCAUUUUGCGCGCCAAGAUUCGGAUGGAGAGCAUGAUUCCGAUUGGUCCGAUUGGGCUGGCGAUGGGGAGUCUCAUGUCAUCAAGUGCCUUUACUGUGCCCAGGAGGAGGUUCAGUUUACUGCAUUAAAACAGCACAUGGUUGAGGCUCAUCACGUGGAUUUUGAUGCCACAACCAGUUCAUUGAAUUUCUAUCAGAAGAUCAAGGUUGUCAACUAUGUGCGUCGUCAGCUGUGCUUGUUGCGUUGCGUCUGCUGUGAUCUGCAAUUUAAUGAUUUUGAACUCCUCGCCGAGCACAUGGCUCAGGAAUCGCACUGCGGCAUCGGUGAGCGUGCAAAGUGGGACAAACCGGAAUUCUUUUUUCCAUACAUGGAAAACGAUGGACUUCUGUGCGUUUUAGAUGACAACACCGGCGACGAUUUGGACGCUGAUGUGGUGCGCAUCAUUUCUGAGGAUAGCAUGGCGCAGAUUAACAAGGAUGCGGAACGUCUGUCAUUAGAAAACUUUAAAUUGUGAAAAUUAUAUAGAAUAAAUUAAAAUAUUUAUAUCGAUUAAAUCGAAUAAACUUUCAUAUUUGUUGUCUAGUGUAAUUUAAAUAUAAUCUAAAUUGGCAGCUCGUCGUCUUAUCAGCUGUGAGUUCAUUUAGAAAAGCGAUCAGUAUUUUCGUCUUUCUAGUUUCGUCUUUAGUAUUCGGCAGUCGAUUUAUGUCAAAUUUAUAAGUAAUAUAGCUUCUGCAAUGGGAACUAGUUUCGUAUUAUUGCUAGUUGUAGCUCUAGCUAAGGUUUCUUUGGCUUCAUCCGACACUAUUUUUACGGACGACAACGAUCAGCCGUUCUGCGAGUCAUCAAAGAAAAUGGAAAAUCAGUGCGCUUCAUAUUGUUACAAGGUUGUGAAACCCCUUCUCCACAUAACUGACAAGUGUCAGAGGAAGGAUAUUCAAAUUGCAGAGCUGCAAAAUCGGUUACAAGAACUACAGAUAAAGAUGGCAAUUUUGGAGACUUCUCUGAAGGAAAAAGAUAAUCAAUGUAAAAUGAAAAUAGAGCAUGAGGUAUUACUUAUUAAAAAGAAUAUCAAGAUACAAGAGCUCGAGACCAAAAUUCAACAGAAAGAUCAGAAAAUACAAUCCGUUGAGUCGAAAACGAAGAGUGUUGAAAGGAAUUUGUUACCUUCGAGCUGUUUGAAAUCCUCGGGUAUUAAAAUGAUUAAAUUGCCUGGAAUUAAGCCUUUUCAAGUUAGGUGCGAGAGUGUUAAUGCUUUAUACGGCUGGACUUUAAUACAGCGUCGAUUAAAUGGAAACGUGAGUUUUAAUCGUACUUGGGCGGAAUAUCGAGAGGGUUUCGGAGAUUUUAGAUCAGACUAUUUUAUUGGUCUUCAAAAACUGUACUGGAUAACAUCCAAUGAGCCCCAUGAACUAUACAUAUUUAUGAGAGAUACAGACUCUCAAGAUCGUAAUGCUCGCUAUGACGACUUUAAGAUUGGCAGUGAGCAAACAGGCUACAAAUUAAUCUCACUUGGCAACUUUACGGGUUAUUCCAACGACGCUUUGCGAGAUCAACUGAACAUGAAGUUCUCAACUUUUGAUAAAAAUAACGACGAAUGCAAGUUCGAUAAUUGCGCUGCUUCCCUCCAAAGUGGCUGGUGGUUUAAAUGCUGUGGUGAUAGCAAUUUGAAUGGAGCUUAUCCACAUGGUAUUAACUGGUUCAAAUAUCGUAUGACAACUGUAUUUAUGCUUAUAAGACCAAAACAUCCAAAUCUCUAAAGACUUUAUUAAGAAUCAAUAAUAAAAAGCAAUACUGUCCCAAUA